AUGAACGGUACUCCCCGACUACGGUCUGCUUUUCCGCAGACACCACAAACGGCUUCGAAGAUAAGAGGACCCAGUUACUCACCAUCUAAAUCUAAAUCUCGAGAUGUGGGAAUAAGAAAUUCUCCUUCAAAAGCACCUACGGCCAACCCAAAUACGAGUUUGCCGCUCAUACCGGUUGGGGUGAUAGAUGCCCCGUCGCAGCGACUUUAUAUUGCGGCUUUCUAUGUCGCCCUGAAUGCUUGGCGGGUAUACGAGUCUUGGACGGCAUCUGAUGACUUGGAUUCGACCUGGCUGUUUCUCAAAUGGGCUGCUGUGGAUGGUAUCUUUCUCUUCGGUCUGCAGGCGUUGCGCAUCCCGUGGUUAGAAUGGGCCUUUCCCACUACACUUGCAAUAUUCAUAAUCCAUGUUGUGGGCAAUAUAUUCCUUAUGUUUCGGAUUCCCGUUCCGGUGGGGGCAUGGAUCGCAGGAAUGGUUAAAUUGGCCUAUGAUAGAGAGCUGUCCAUUUCUGAACGGAGUGUGAAACCCGGAGAUAUCAUUCACAACGCAUCUCUCAUUCUGGGGAAGCAAAUUGUCCAUAUCCUACCAGAAGGUUCUGCUGUCCUAAAUCCAGAUCAGGUGCCGCUCUGCAUAGACACACAAAAAAAUCUCAUCAACUUGCCCAUUCGAGUUAAUCAGACGGAUCCAAUUCUCAUCGAGUUGUUACGCCUGGAUUUUGACACCGGCACGAACGAAACGAUCUCGCUAUCAUCAAAACAGCUGAAACAGCUAAAGCGACAGGCUGAGAAAAACCAUCAAAGCUCCGGCUCAAAUCUCCAUAGGGACCUUCUUUAUCCGAUUCGGCGACCAGGAAUCUAUCGCCUGCAAAGGGUAGUGGACGAGUCUAACCUUGACGUACAUAUGCGGCCGUCCGACGCUCUUGUCGUCUCGUGUCCUCGGGCAUUGAUCAAGAAUUCACACGCCCAUAAAUGCCGGGGAGAACUAUCAAAUUUAAUACUCUCGGUCGAAGGCACACCUCCAUUGAAAAUCAAAUACAGCAGACAAGUGAACCACCUUGACCGAGGGUUUUCCUUCCAGAAUAUCCAACCCGAUAAUCUGCGCUCGCCUUUGUUAGGUCAGAGAAACUCCGGUAUUCUUUUCCAUAUCAAAGAGCCCGAAGUCGCCUGGGCUCAGAAUCAAAUCAUCGAAGUUCCUUUGAAUGAAUCAUUGAAUGUCGGCGGGGAGUGGCUUUAUACCAUCGAAGAGGUCCAUGACGGUGCCGGCAACAUUGCAAACUACUCAGCACUCCUGGAUCUAUACGACCGAUCAUCGACAAAGUCAUUGUCACAGUGGCAUUUGUUCUCCGUUCAUGAAAGACCUCUGUUGUCUUUGUCUGGCUGCAAUGACCAGAGCUUUCUAGAGGUCGCGCGUGGUGAUAGUGUUGACCUGCCCAUUAAAUAUCACCCUUCUGGGCAGGGCUAUGAGAAUGACGGACCCUUUUCUCUGGUGUACUCGUUCAGCGGUAGCGAUCAAGGAAGUUUGGGUCAGCAACCCAGUAAAGUACGUCAGAUGUCACUCAAGGGUCUCGAUCAGAAGCCUCAGAUCAAGGAUCCGGGUUGGUACAGCCUGGGUUCCAUAUCUAGUCAGUUCUGCUCUGGGGAAAUGCUAGAACCGUCAUCUUGUUAUCUGCGCAAUCCGCCGGAGCCGGAGUUAGCUCUCAGAUAUGAGAAGGUUUUCGAUAAAUGCGCGAAUAAUCCUGUCGGUCUGCUCGUUGACUUGGACCUCACUGGAUCACCACCAUUCCGAGUUCGAUAUGUUGUUGAGCAUUCGAAAGGCGUGGAGACAAGAUCCCAGACCAUUGAUGGGCUGCGUGCUCAGCUGGAUUUUACGCCUUCAGAAGCAGGUUCUUACCGGUAUCGUUUCUUAGACAUCGCGGACACAGUCUAUGCCCCACGAUCUCUCAAAGACAAAGUGCCCAUUCUCGAACAAGAUGUGAAGCCUCCUGCUUCUGCCCGUUUUCUUGGUUCCAAAGAAAUUCGCACGGCUUGCUUCGGGGAGCCGGUGUCCAUGGAUGUAGCCUUUUUAGGAGAAGCACCAUGGACGUUGCAAUACGAGCUUGUUCAUAACGGCAAGAAGACAAAGUACAGCCUGCUGUCUGACACCGAAAUCGCCACGGUAGUGACCGAAAGGCUCGUCAGUGGUGGCGAGUAUGCCGUGGUACUCACGGGCGUCAAAGACCGCUCGAAUUGCAAACGAACUCUCAGGGACAGUAUCAAGAUUGAUGCUCGCUCGAAACCACCUCACGCCUCAUUCGGCCAGAUUGAAAAGAGCAGAAAGUACUUGGCCUUGCAAGGCUCCAAGGUUGACAUUCCAGUCAGGCUCAGCGGGGAGCGGCCAUGGAAUGUGGGAUAUCGAAAUUUGGACACCCGUUCUGCUGUCCUUGAGAAGACAUUUUGGCAAGAAAAUAGUGUGUUGACAGUAGCCCAAGAAGGGCAGUAUGAACUCGUUGGAGUUACCGAUAGUUCUUGCCCCGGUUCUGUCGAGCAGGCAGCCAACGUCUUUGAAGUGUCCUGGAUACCUCGCCCUCAGAUCACUGCCGUUGAUGGUUCUCCUAUCGGUAGCGAUGGCCACAUACUAAAGCGUGAUAUUUGUCAAGGCGAAGAUGACAAUCUCGAAGUCCGGCUGUCGGGCAACCCCCCGUAUGAAAUACAAUACGAGCAACAACGGAAGACGUCUCGUGGUUCGCCUUCUGUUAGACUUCAGAGUCUGAAGACGGCCCUUCAUGCUGCUUCCAUGGAAAUGGAUACUUCAGAAGCUGGUCUCUAUACGUACAAAUUUACAGAAGUCGGCGACAAUCUCUACGAUCACGAUCCUAGAAGCCGACCAGUGGUUGUGACGCAAAAGGUAAACCCCCUCCCCUCUGCGCGUUUUGACUCGCCUGGCCGUAUAUAUGGUUUCUGCAAAGAAGACAUCAGCGGAGAGGAGUUGAUUCCCAUAACCUUGGAGGGCGUCCCACCGUUUUUUCUCGAAAUCUCCAUCAAGCACCAUUCGAAAGCCAAACCAGAAAUAGUGUCAAUUCCCAACAUCAAGUCCAACAGACAUAAUCUUCCUUUACCGCGACGUCAUCUUGACUUGGGCCAACAUGUUGUCAGCAUUCGCAAAGUAAGAGAUGCGCGCGGAUGUCAGCAAGAAACUGAAUACGAUGCUUCUUCAGUGAGAGUCGCUGUUUCGGACGUGCCUACGAUAAUUCCCCUGGAGUCCAAGACAGACUAUUGUGUCGGAGAAAGGCUUUCUUUCUCACUGUCUGGUCAUGCCCCAUUUGAUGUGUUCUAUACUUUCGAUGGAGCAUCUAAAAAGGCUACCUCCAGGACCACAAAUUUUCGUCGCAUUGCUGAGAGACCAGGAGUUUUCACCAUCACUGCUGUAGGCGACGGCGCAAGCGGGAAAUGCAAGGCACACAAGAAUAUAACGAAGACAAUCCACGAGAUGCCGAGCGUCAGAAUCAGCAAAGGCCAAGUUUCAGUUGUUGAUAUACACGAAGGAGGAGAAGCAGAACUUCAGUUUGAUUUCUGGGGCACACCACCAUUCGAGUUCACGUAUAUCCGGAGCUCGAAUAUCCGACGAGGGAAGAAGCCUGAGAUCCUCGACAUCAAGCACGACAUCUCUUACGAACACACAAAAACCAUCAAAACAUCUGACGAAGGCACUUAUGAAGUUGUGGCGAUCAAAGAUAAUUUCUGUUCAUUCUCGUCUCAGGCACCUAUUGAAAAGGCAGAGAAGGCAAUGGCAGGCCCGUAG